AUCGAGACGCAAAGGAAGGUUUCGAAAGUUAUAUGCGGAAGAACGUGCACGGGCAAGCCGUAAGCGGGCUAAUUCCGCCUGCUGAUGGAACCAAUCAGAUUUCAGAUUGCAGGAUUUGUUCAAUCGUGCAUGCUCAUGAACCGUGAAUAGAAUAAUCAUGAGUGCAUAUACAGUAUAAGUGUACAAUUUGUCGCGCGACACAAUUUGGCCUGAAUUUGCUCUCGUCGAUCCCUCUAACAUGGACACUAGGAGCUUCAUCGAAAACACUUUACGCUCAAUCGGCAAAGAAAGUAAAAGAUUGAAGAAAAGUGUCCAGGAAUUUUAUGAUAAACUUCUGGUACCUGUUAACGACCAGAUCGUUCAAAACAAAGUUUUGCCCGAGACAAAGGAAAGACUGCAAUGUUGUUUCAAAGACAUUUACUUGAGUUUAAAAGUUCAUGUGAUGUUCUACCGCGGAAUCGAUAAAAAGCCAUUCGAGGAAAACGACAAAAAGAUCGAUGAGACCCUCAAAAAGAUUCGUCACCUCCUUGACCUAAAAAAUGAAGAUAUGGAUCCAAUAGAUGCACAGAUAGAGGGCUCAACAUACCACGAUUUGUUUGAUAAACUUAUCGACCCUGGAAGCAAAGUCCUGGAAAUGUUCCGCGUCGUUGCAGCGUCCCCAAAAGGUACUCCCCAGGAAAAGAGCAUCCAAACAGGAAGUAAGGAUCAUGCCAAUCGAGUAUUACAAAUGGCUCGAAGCUUUCUACGAACACUUCAUGACAAAAACACCUUCCUGCCGAAAGUUUUAGCAAAGGUGUCGCGUGAAGAAAAUUCUUUUAUCGGUGCUUCAAUAGCAGUAAGCCAUUUCUUAAGGCCCAUCUAUUUGUACAGUAGAGUCAUUAAUCGCAAAAAGAGUCUCGCGGAAGCAAUUAUAAAAUUCCGAGCCUUAGAUAUUUCCCCUGAGCAAAACUGGGAAUUUAAGGCAUUUGAAAGGGAAACUGUAGAAAUUCAAAAAAAUGAGAGAGAAAAAGAAAUUACUAAACAACAUGUAGGCCCCAAAGACCUUUGUCAAAACUGUGAAAUGAUGUUUCGUGGGGAUAAGUCAGGAAAAGGAGGUCGUUCUUUUCUCGGUGCAUGUGCAGAGUAUUGUCCUGUUGACGAGCUUCUCCCUGAUGAAUCGAAGUUAAAGGACUCACUUGAUGACUCAGUAAUCGGCUAUCUUCUGAAUAGAAACCUUUCUCGAUGCUCACUUCUGUUUAAAGAGUUUGAAAAUAUCUACGAAAGAUGCAAAUCUGCUGUAAACUCGAGAGAUGAUGAUAGAGAAGUGGAGGCGGUUUACUGGGAAGUGAUACAUAAAUUGAACAUUUUUGGUUUAAAGCCAGAAUGUAAUCCUUACUUUUAAUUUUCUUUUGGUCCCUUUUUUAUCAGCGCUUUACUGGAACAAAAUUGUUCAAAUCUAACAGUUGAAAGAGUUUUGAGUUUUUUGUUAUUUCAAAACCGAAAUUUCUUCUUUUGAACAAUGCAAAAAUGUGUGGUAAACAAUCCGUUAUGCUUUAUAUCUUAUACACUUAGUUCAACCGAGACUGUAGAGGACAAAAGUUUUUAAAGGUUAGACUCAGUUGCGAUACUUUAUGCAUCUUACACAGAGCUGAGAGAUCAGUGUUCCACAGGAAAAUCGAUCAUUUCCCUUUAAAAAAAAGGUCAAUUUUCUUGUAUAGAAGAGAGCUGUAAAUGUUUUCAUUGUUAAAUCGGUGAAUGUUCG